AUGAAAGAUGAGAAGGGACCGAAUCCUCUUCUAAACAUGUUCGCUUCCACUCGAGUAUUCCCCUUCCUUCAAGCAAUUCAACAGUGCUCACAACUUCCUGACUGGGAACUCUUGGAUCAGGCGGACAUCAUGACAUGGACACGAACUGUUGGAUUUGGGUACAAACAGGGCAAUGUAACUGACAAGUAUGAUUUGGUGAUCCUCAAUUCCGAUAUUAUGUGUCCGCACGGAGUGUUGCUUCGCUGUGAUCCUCAUGGAGCGGCUCUUCUUCGGAAAGGCGAUGUGGUAUGCUGUAUGCAUGGCAGUGCUUGUGAGAUUGCAAAGAAGGAAAAACAAAAAGAGGCUAACGAAGAUGAAACAUCGGAGCAGUAUGUGAAUCUGCUUGAUUCCAAGAAGGAAGCCCCUAAGAAAGACAGAGACGAUCUCAUACAAUCUUUGGCUCUCAAACUAAGAGAAUUAGAUGUUGUUAACAGUGGACCAAAAACGAAGAAUAAGGGAGCUCGUCGAAAAGAACUUAGAGAAAUGAAAGCUUUAGAGAAGAUGUUAAGAAAGCGGAAAGAGGAAAGCUCACGAAAGAUGAAAGAGGAAGCACUAGGAACGGACGAUUCUGAAGAGAAAUCGAAAAAGGCAACUGACGAGGAGGGUAGUGAGAAAAGAAAGCGAAAAGCGGAUCGCCAAAAACGAAAACCUGAUGGAAAGAAGGGGUCGUAUCGACGUGUUAGAGCUACUUUUCGAGAAUCUCCAAAGGAGCACCGCAAACAGGAACAAAGUAGGAGGAAAGAUGACGUUGUUUCUCCUCCUGAAACCCCAAAAGAGGAAAUAAAGGAUGAACUAGAUAUCUCGCCGUCAGCAAGCAAACGUCUAUUAGAUGAUAUUGAUGAAAGUGGGGCAAGAAAAAACAAAAGAAAGGAACGGCGAGAAAGAAGGAAAAGAGAGAAAAAGGACAAACGUGAAAAACAGGAGAUUGAGCCGAAAAUGUUUGAGUCGAUCCGAAAUAUCAUGCCAAGCGAUCCAGAUCAGGUGGAGAAAGAGAAGAAAAUGGAAGAUAUGUCGAAAUCAGAUUCCACCAAAACGCCCACUCCACAAUCACUGACUGGAUUGGCAAAGUAA